AUGGUCCCAGAUGAAGCCUAUCAGUACAUGGGAGUUGUUCAUUUACUGCACCAUUUCAGGUGGACUUGGAUUGGUCUUGUCGCUAUGGAUGAUGACAACGGGGAUAGAUUUUUUCACACUGUAGUUCCUUUGCUUUCACAGAAUGGCAUUUGUUUUGCCUUCACAAUGAGGACAUUCAAGAUGGCUUAUAAGGAGGAAAUGUUAAUGUUGGCCUUAAAGCUGCAGGAACAAUACCCAGUACUUGAAAAGAGCAAAGCCAAUGUAAUAUUUGUAUAUGGAGAGCCUCCUGCCCUGCAAAUCCUGGGAGUGUUGUUGAACUUAGCAGAAACAACUUCCUUUCACCGUUUGGGAAGAGUGUGGAUUGCAACAUCUCAAUGGAAUUUUGAAUCACUGAACAUUGGAACAAUGUGGGAUAUACAAACAUUCCAUGGUGCCAUAUCUUUCACAGUACAUGCAAAUCAACCACCUGGUUUUCAACAGUUCCUUCAGAAUGUAAAACCCUCCUGGAUGAAAGGAGAUGGUUUCAUCCAAGACUUUUGGGAACAGUCAUUUAAUUGCUCAUUGAAAUCUUCCAGUCAGCAAGGGGAGAUCAAAGAACUCUGCACAGGAAAGGAGAAACUGGAGAGCAUUCCUGGUAUUUUCUUUGAAAUGAGAAUGACAGGCCACAGUUACAACGUUUACAAUGCUGUCUAUGCUGUGGCACAUGCUUUGCAUGCAAUGUACAUAAAUAGAUACAGACAUAGAAGAGUAGAAGUAGGAGAGAGAAAGAAAAUUCACGAUGUGCAAUCUUGGCAGCUCCAUUCCAUCCUAAAGGGAAUUUCAUUCAACAACAGUGCUGGAGACACGGUGCACUUUGAUGAAAAUGGAAAACUAAUUACAGACUAUGAUGUAACGAAUUGGAUAACUUUCUCAAAUGGCUCCUUUGUCAGAGUAAAAGUUGGAAAAUUGGAUCCUUCGGCUCCUCAAAGCCAAGCAUUAAUUCUGAAUGAUGAGCAGAUUGAGUGGCAUAGAAACUUUAACCAGGUACUGCCUAUUUCUGUGUGCAGUGUCAACUGCCGUCCUGGCUAUAGCAGAAAGAGGAAGGAAGGAGAACAAUUUUGCUGCUUUGAUUGUGCUGAGUGUCCGAAAGGAAUGGUUUCCAGCCACAAGGAUACAUAUGUCUGUGUCAAAUGCCCAGAAGAUCGCUAUCCUAACAAGGACCGAAGUCAGUGCAUUCUCAAGACAAUAAGUUAUCUGUCUUACAAAGAACCUUUAGGAAUCUCCUUAGCUAUUCUGGCUGUUUCAUUCUCUCUGAUCACAGUGUUGGUGCUUGGAAAUUUCGUAAAGCACCAGGAAACACCCAUAGUCAAAGCCAACAACCGGAGCCUCACCUACACUCUCCUCAUCUCCCUCCUGCUUUGCUUUCUCUGCUCCUUGCUCUUCAUUGGACAGCCUGUAAAAGUGACCUGUGUUCUGCGACAGACUGCUUUUGGCAUCAUAUUCUCUGUGGCUCUUUCUACUGUGUUCGCUAAAACAAUUACUGUGGUUCUGGCAUUCAUAGCUACUAAGCCAGGGUCUACAGUGAGGAAAUGGAUGGGGAAGAAACUGGCCAAUUCUAUAGUCCUUUCCUUCUCCCUUAUUCAAGCAACCAUUUGUCUGCUUUGGCUAUGUUCUUCCCCUCCAUUCUCUGCCAGGGACAUGCAUUCAGUGGAUGGGGAAAUCGUUUUGGAAUGCAAUGAAGGAUCCACAGCCAUGUUUUACAUUGUUUUGAGCUACAUGGGCAUUCUGGCCUUUGUAAGUUUCUUAGUUGCUUUCCUUGCCAGAAAAUUACCAGAUAGUUUCAAUGAAGCCAAAUUCAUCACCUUCAGUAUGCUGGUCUUUUGCAGUGUUUGGCUUUCCUUUAUUCCUUCCUACCUGAGUACAAAGGGAAAAUUCAUGGUGGCUGUGGAGAUCUUCUCCAUCUUAGCCUCCAGUGCUGGUUUGCUUGGUUGCAUUUUUUUCCCAAAAUGCUAUAUCAUUAUUCUGAAGCCUGAGCUGAACAACAGGGAGAUGUUAAUUAGGAGAAAUAAUAAAUGA